GUAUUCGACAUAGUCUUCGGGCAAUUCUUCCAACGAUCAUUUCUUGAGGCAUUUUAGAAGUUGACUCAAAAAUGAACUCACUCCAUUUGGCACUAUUCGUAACGCUGCUUGCAGUUUCCUUUGCUGCUCCACAGGGAUCUCCUUCUUCUUUAUCAGCCGACGCGCAAGCUCCAAUAGUUAGUUCGAAUUCCGAUAUUCAACCGGACGGAAGCUUCCAGUAUAACUACGAAACCGGAAACGGAAUCAAAGCCCAGAACCAGGGAUCUGUUAAGAGCGUGCAAGUGACCAAACCCGACGGAAGUGGAACCGAAAAUGCACAAGCCAUUGUGCAAACUGGCAGCUACUCCUACCAGGCACCUGAUGGAACGAACAUAGAGGUGAAAUACACGGCGGACGAGAAUGGUUUCCACCCAGAAGGAGACCAUCUUCCGGUGGCAUCGACUGGUCGUAAAUAAACUUUGCUGGCUUCUAAUUCAAAUAUAAAUACGGUCCGAAAAUUAGCUGAAGUUUGAAGUUAAAUUAAUAAAUUUCUAUAAAGCAGCUUUUCGUCGGAGAACAAGAUUAUUCUUUUUUCCUUCUUCAAUAAAAAAGCAAUUUUUCCAAUUUGA